CGAAGCGAGGCGCUCAAAGUUGCAGAUGAUUGCAAUUGGCGGGUAUACAGUGCUUCUUCCUCUGCAUACUGCAACUUCAAUGGAAAUCGAAAUCUCCUCUGUGAAAAUGCUAUAUAAACAUCUCAUUUUCUGCGCCGUUCAACGAUGCCGCAUGUCCGAUGAUCUUUGCAGAUUAUCCGUGAAAUUGACCUCGUUUUCUCGAUUUGCACUCCCGCUCGUUCGAAUAUCAGUUUCUGAUACUGGUGUUGGGAGCAAACCGGAGGAUUACCAAUAUCUGAAAUACCGAAACGACCCUACUCUGGCUAGUCAAUGGGAUGGGAUGAUUUCUCUUGCAACUACAAGCAUAUCUGAGAGCGAGAUAUACAAUUUAAACUUAAAUCUGAAAGAUUCUAAUUCUGCUGGGAGACUGACAAAGCUACCCUCAACUGCAAAGAAUGGUGCCAAAUUCAGUGGGACUGAAGUAUCAAUAUCAAUAUCCAAGAGCCUUGAUGACUUAUUGGCAGAGAUUACUUGCUUUCUUCAAAAGAUGAUCCUUCUGAAGAUUCCGAAAGUUGUAAUGGAACUCUUAGUAUGUGGUGAUGAUCCUUUAAGUUCACAGAUUGAAAGUCGUAUUCUGGCAAUUGAGAGCAGCUCUGCAUAUUCUCCUGUUGAAAGCAUAGAAUGCUUGAAAGUGGGACUCAAGGAUUAUAUUCGUAAGCACCAAACUUGCUUCUCAAUUGGGGAAAACCUGAAGGUUGGAACUGGGGUUGCUAACUCUUCAGGUAGUUCUCAGGGAAAUAGCCAGGUGGUGGAAGCUGUUGUGAUUAUCAAUGAUAUGUCAGAACUAGUCCCUUCUUCCAGCAUCAGGGAACAAGACAUGAAAACAGAGAUCUUAUAUUUCAAAGACUUUGUACCUUGUUCUAUUGCUCAGUCAUCCCUCGAUGCAUUGACAAGCAUCAACUGGAAAAGCUAUGGGUUGGCUCUGCAGAGUGUUGCAGAUCAUGAUGAUAGUGUAAUGCUGGAAUGGGAGAACCUGCCACCAGAUUUCCAAAUUUAUAUUGCCAUCCAUUGUUACCAUAGACAAUAUCCAUCAUAAUAUAAUACAUAUCCAUGAGAAUUGACAUGGUCAUACACUCUUAGCAUUAACUUCAAACAAUGAGAAUUGUCUUUUGCUUAACUUGUUGACAAGGUGAAACAGUGGGUUGCAGAAAACAGUUUUCCUGAUCGAAAUCUAGCUAGAAAAGCUAUCAAGUGUGCUUUGGAUGACUUGAAAGAAAAUAAUCAAGGGGUUCUCCUAAGUACACGUGCACUUAAGACAUGUGAUUAUGCACCUGACCUUGCAAAAACGCUUGCUCGCCUGAUCUUAUCCUCCAAUGACCUGAACUUCCAAGAAGAAUGUUGUUCUCUUCUCGGGGUACAGUCUCAAGAGGUUAACACGGAUAAUGUUGGAAAUUGCAUCAGGGAGAAGAUAAUUUCAGUCAUCAGAUUAAAUGAUCGCAACUCCCAUAAGCAUAAAGAAGCCCCAACCUUCCUAUUUGAAGAUGAUUGUUUCCAGAAAGAGGAUUUCAUGGACGAGGAAUAUCAAGAAGGUGAAGAAGCUUACAACUCUUUGGAUCUGUAGAAGGUUAGGAGCAUUAUUAGAUGUCCAAUUAUUAAUUUCUUCUCUUAUUAUGUUUAUAGUUUACCUCACAAUCAAACUAUUCUAGUUACUUCUGCUUGGCUUUAUUAUUGCUAUGGAAAAGGGUAAAUGGAUUUAUCAUUCUGGGGGCAAACAAUAUGUAUGGACUUCAUGGUCCAAAGUAG